CGCAUGCGCAGUACACAAAGAGACGCAGCCGUCCCUCCUGCUCUACAAUGGGGGAGGAAUAAGGGGAGGAGGGUUAAUGUCCCGCCCCGUGCAGCCCCCCUCUGCACAGCUCUACACCCCCGGAGAGGAGAACCGGGCCCCGGUGUCUCGGUGCUGUUCCUGCCGCCUCGGAGCCUCCUGAUCCCCGAUGCUGCUGCGCUGCUUCCUGGCCGCGCUCUGCGCCCUGUCCGCAGAGGCCGACUUCUUCCCGCUGGACAGCAUCUCCAACGUGUCCAGCUACUACUUCAAUUACAUCUAUUGCAAUAUCUGGGAGGGGGAGUGCCAGCCCCACCAGGACGAUGCUGCACAGCAGGUUCCAACCCGGGACCUUUGGGCCGGUUUCCCUCAGGACUACAUGAGCCUGAUGCACCAGUGGUACUGCAGCCUGGGCCAGUGCUGUGACUCUGGAGACUGCAGGAUCACCAACAACAUCACAGGUCUGGCGAAAGACCUCCAGACGAAGCUCCAUGGGCAGCACCUGGUCCAGUCCGUGGUCCUGAAGGCCGUCCAAGGCUUCAUCAACAGCCCCGAGUCCAACAAGCCGCUCACGCUCUCCUUCCACGGCUGGUCCGGCACCGGCAAGAACUUCGUGGCUCGCAUCAUCGCGGACAACCUGUACCGGGACGGCGUGAAGAGCGAGUGCGUCCGCCUCUUCAUCGCCCCGUUCCACUUCCCCCACGCUCGACUGGUGGACACCUACAAGGGCCAGCUGCGCGAGGCGAUCCGGGACCUGGUGCUGCGCUGCCCUCAGACCCUGUUCAUCUUCGACGAGGCGGAGAAGCUUCACCCCGGACUCAUCGACGCCAUCAAACCCUUCAUGGACCACUACGACAAUGUGGACGGGGUCAGCUACCGCAGAGCCCUCUUCCUCUUCCUCAGUAACAUCGGUGGAGCGACGAUCAACGACGUGGCGCUGGACUUCUGGCACUCGGGUCAGAACCGAGAGGACAUCGGGAUGGAGGACCUGGAGCAUCGCCUCCGAGCGGAAACCAUGGAGUCUCACGGCGGGUUUGCUCAGAGCGAGCUGAUGUCCGGUCACCUGAUCGACUUCUUCGUGCCGUUCCUGCCUCUGGAGUACCGGCACGUGAAGCUCUGCGCGCGAGACGCAUACACCGCACGGGGGCUGGAGACGGACGAGGCCACGCUGGACGAGGUGGCCAAGGCCAUGCUGUACGUGCCCAAAGAGGAGAGACUGUUCUCGGCACAGGGAUGCAAGUCCAUUCCCCAGAGGAUCAACUUCUUCCUCCCCUAGGAGGUGAGUCGGACCGACCUGGAGGUGGAGCCCAGAGCCAGGGAGGAGUGCUCCCCCCUUCAUACAGGUACAACAGCUGUCCGUCAGAGAAGGACGGCUCCACAGGGGGAAACACAGGACCCUGCGGACGUGAGGAGAACCAGCAGUGGCUCCUCUUCCUCAGCAUCAGGAGUCAGGAUGUGGUGUUCAGUGUUUGUCUUACUGUCUUUAUGUCUGUUUGCCUCGGCCAGAGUCUGAGUCGCACUGUUUUUUAAAGUUGAGAUCAUACUUCUUCAGUUCAUGCAUGUAGGACCUUAUGAAGAGAGGUGCAGGAAUGAGUCGUGAAACAAGGAAAUGAGUCAGCAUUUUAGCACUUCCUGUCCCCUGGUCUGGAGGUCACUCCCAACGUUAGCCGCCUUUAGCUUAGCGGCGUGAAGUCAUGUGACCGUGCUUCUUCCUUUAUUGCCCAACAUUAGCUUUUUACAUCAAAAAUCAUAAAGUUGACACAGAGAUUCUUUCCUGCAAUAAUCCCAAAUCACACGGAGAGAUCCCAUUGGACCAGGGAGAUGCUGCCUUCAGGGACCAACACAGAAAUACGAGAUCCCUGCACCACUCGAGUGUCACUGAUUAUUUAUUGAUGUCUUUUUAGGGCUGGGCAAUAUAUCAAUAUGUCGUGUUUAUAAUUAAUAAGAGACUAGAUAUUAGCUCAGAUUCUGGAGAUUUAAACAUAAAACUGAUGAUUAAUUAACUUAACUUUGGGUUGUAGCUGUUCUAUUAUUUUUCUUCACCCAAAUCCACAUUACAUAUCACAUAUUUAUCCAAAUUCUGAUUGUGUAAUUACUUCCUGACGGCCUCCAACUCACAGUACCGUACCAAUAUCAAUAUUACUCAAUGUCCUUAUAUAUUGCCCAGCCCUUCAUAGUUUGUGCCAUAUUUAAGCAUUAUCUGUACCAUAUUAUUUGUGGAGUGGUUUGAAAACACACUGGCACUGUGUGUUGAUGCAAGUGUGAAUUGAAGUUGUUACUGGGAAGUGUGAGAGAGUCAAAUCUAUGUUGAAAGUGGUCUUUUCUGUGUAAAUAUGCUUUUGAUAACUCAGUAUUUUAUUGAAAUUUGUUUUAAUGAUCAUAUUUACUGCUCUUAAAUUGGACCUUAAAAGUAUAUUUGUAUCCCUGACUUGCAUUAUCUCACUCUCACACAGUUCUGCUUUAGUGAUUUUAUUAUCCAAAGGGUCACAGAGAGAUGGCAGAAAUGCUUUUAAGAAAAUAAACAUCCACAACAAACAGAA